UUAAUUGUACUCAGUACUACCACAGCAUCCUUCGUAGUGGAUUAAUUAAUGACAUCUUCGUCCCCGGGCUUCUUGUUCUUUUAGUCGCUAUUAAAUAAGCAACAAAAUUUUAUUAAAAUGACAAAAAGCCCUAGAAACGAGGUUAAAUUGAUGAAAAAGUUAAGCAUCGUUAAAAAAUGUUGCAUUGUUUUUUUCCGCCGAAAAUAUUUUGUGCAUUCGUAACGUGAAAUCAGUCAGUGUGACAAACAAAAUAUGGAUAUAUAAGAGAUUAAAACGAUUUGUUUGAGAGCAAAAACAAUUGUUACUUCAUCAUAUUUUUUUGUAAAAAUACAGAAGUUGAAUCUUUUUGUUUUUUGAGCAGAAUAAUUGAAUUUUAUGUUGCAAACUUUGAGCGCAGUGAAGCGUUUACACAGAAUGCGGCGUUCAACGCAAUUUGAAACACAUGGCUAAGCUAAACAAUUUUUUAGUUGCCUUCCAAACUCUUUUGAUGAAUACUAAAUUCGGAAAAUAUUUCAACUGAAGCAACUGGAAUAAAUCUUCACAAGGAGGUACAUGAAACAUUUGCGCCAAAGGAUAUUAAUUUCAGUUGUUUUUAAUAAAGGAUAGUUUAAUAUGAAGGAUUUUGAUUGGCUAUUUAUUAAUAGAUAAGGAUUUGUAUUGGUGGAUUUAAUAAGAAAUGCAGUUAAAAUGUACAUGUACAAUAUUAUUACAGAUGUUUUCAAAUAAAAGAUAUUAUCAUCACGGAAAAUGGAAGGAAAAGUUGCGAAUUUAUUUUAUUGUUUUACUUUAUAUAUGUGUAACUUGUGUGCAUGGAGAAUUUGAUAAUCGUAUACUUGACAGACUUGGCAAGCCUAAACGUUGCGCGUAUGAGAACGUUUUAUCCAAUCAUACCUUUCGACGCAAUAAACAAGCUGGAGUGUUUACACACCUUGGUCACACGACAGAUAUUCAUCAAUGUAAACUUAUGUGCUGUAAAGUUUCAGAUUGCGACGUGGCCUUUAUGCCUGAGAAUCAUUGCUAUGCAGUGUCUUGUUAUAGUGACCAGCAUUGUGAGACCACGCCGGCGAAGUCGGAAAACUUUAACGUGCAAUUAGUGAAAGUCCGACGUGUCGUGAUUCCAAACCCUGAUUCGAUGGAACCACGUGAUGAAGAUAUAAUUCGUUCCAGUCUCCCAGAUAUGCAAUCACAAGACGAGCGCAAUGACACAAAGGAGAUUAAGGACGAAGUGGCCGUGCAAAGUGCGAACUUAUACGAAGAACUUCUUUGCACGCACAGUCCCAUUUUAUACAACGUCACAUUGAAAGGUGGUUCAAAAGGAGGAGAGUUUACUGAUUUAGGUUUGGUUGACAACAUGGAGAUGUGUAUCGCGUUGUGUUGUGAAAUCAGGCAAUGUGAUUUAGCUUUCAUGAUUGACACUACUUGCAUCGCUGUACAUUGUGAUAAUGAAGAGUUAUGUCAAACCAUAAAAGCGAAACCAAACAAAAAGUUCCCGAGGGUUGCUUACAUCCGACGAAAAGAAAGGGAACAUAAACAUCGAGCGAUUAUACCAGCGCCACCAGAAGUUCACGCCCCACCAGUAAAGCUGUCAGAGAAACCAGCUCCAGUUUUACGCCCAAGUACAUGUCAAGCUCGUAAGAUAUAUAACAACGCCACAUUGUUAGGCGGUAUGAGGGCUGGUAAUUACACGCCAUUGGGUAAAGCAACUCACCUGCAAGACUGCAUUGGAAGAGCUUGUGAUCUCAAUGAGGGUCACGUUGCUUUGAUGUUGGGACAAUAUUGUUACUCAGUGAUGUGUCAUAAUGAAAGAAUAUGUCAAACAAUCCCGGCUAAACCUACGCAUUUGAAGCCAAAAGUUGCAUAUUUAGCCUGGACGCAAGAACCUAUUGAACAAGAUACAAUAACAAACAUGGCGGAAAGUGAUUUUUUUGUCAACCACAAAAGAUAUCCACGAUGCAAGCGAAGUCAUAUAAUGUACAACCAUACGUUAAAAGGUGGUCUAAGAGCUGGCAACUUCUCCAUGUUGGCUGCGGUGGAUGACAUUGAAGUGUGCGCAGCACUAUGUUGUGAGGAAAAAUACUGCGAUUUAGCUCUUAUGAUUGGUGACAAUUGUUAUGCUGGAGAUUGCGCCAGUCCGGAAUUAUGUUCAGCCGUACCUGUUCCACCAGGUUCAGCACAAAAAUCACAAAUCGCUUAUAUAACUGCACCAGGUCGAAAAAAAGCAGAGGAUAAACUUGUGAACGCAGACUGGAGUUUGGUGUAUCUUGUUGUAAGUGCUUUGGUGAUAGGAAUCAGUGUGUUGGGCACUGCAUGGACGGUUUGCUUAUGUGCAUUAAAAAGACAUCGUCGAAAAAUGGUGAAAAAAAAGAAAGAUACGUUCGGGAAAUAUUUUGGAAUUGAGCAAGCAACUUCAAUGAAAGAUGAAAUGCUGCAUGAAGGAGAAGAACCAGUUGGCACAUCAUCUAGAAAUAGUUUUAGUAUGAGUGCUAGUGAUAUUCAAGUAAACAAAGAACAAUCAAAAUCUACAAAAAAUGAUUCGUGAAAGUUUGAAGAUAAAGAGAGAUACUGCAGUAAAUAAACCUAAUUAACGGAUGUGGAAGGAAACAUCAGUAAUAUAUGUAAAUAAUAAUAAUAAUAACUUUUUAGAAAUUUGUUUUUAUAAGAAAAAAAAUUCUUAAAAUAAAUAAA